AUGUGGACUGAAUGGUUGAAUUUGUUUAUGUCUGUGAUUGAUAAACAUGCCCCACUUAAAAAGAAACGUAUAGGGAAACGAAAGUCUCCCUGGAUUACUUCACAUGUAGUUCAGAAAAUUCGCGAAAGAGAUUAUCUAAAAAGGCAAUUCGAUAUUACAGGUGACGAUGAAAUUUGGUUACAAUAUAAGAAAGCUCGAAAUGAAACUAACAACACUAUUAGGCAGGCUAAACAUAACUACUUUAUCACUAAUAUUGAGGCUGCACGAAAAGAUCCAAGGAAAACUUGGAGACUAGUCAACGAUCUGAACUCUCGUAAAGUGAGUGAUGUAACCAGUGUCAAGAAAGUCAAUCUUGACGGUAAUGAAAUCACUAAUGCGGCUGAAAUUUCGGAUGCCUUUAAUUCAUAUUUCACCUCGAUAGGAGAGAAACUUGCGAACAAAAUACCUAGCUCGAAUGUUAAUCCCGUUUCUUAUAUUCAAUCCACACAUAGUGUUUUUUCUUUCGAGGAAAUUGGUUUGUCCACUGUAAAUUGUUUGCUAAAAACGAUUAAUGCUAACAAAGCGACCGGCCCUGAUAAAAUCCCAGGUAGAUUAUUGAAAAUAGCCGCUGAUAUUCUUUCCCCCUCGUUAACCAGAAUUUUUAAUAGAUCGCUUUCUAUGGGGAUUUAUCCGACUGAUUGGAAAAUGGCAAAAGUCUUACCGUUAUUCAAAAAUGGCGAAAAAUGUGAUCUAAGUAAUUAUCGUCCAAUUUCAAUUAUAUCGGCGGUUGCCAAAGUUUUUGGUAGAACCGUUUAUGACCAAUUUUACUCCUAUCUGACAAGUAACAACUUACUGUCGAACUAUCAGUCAGGGUUUCGAGCAUCAUAUAGUACCGUUACAGCUUUAUUAGAGUCGAGUAAUAACUGGUGCGUAAAUAUUGAUAAGGGUUUGCUUAACGGAGUGAUCUUCAUUGACCUAAAGAAAGCUUUCGAUACAAUUGAUCACGAAAUUCUUAUACGUAAACUCAAGUGUUAUGGUGUGGAUGACAAUGCGCUAUCAUGGUUUAAUUCCUAUUUAAACAAUCGAAAACAGAAAUGCUACGUAAAUGGCAAACUCUCUGGUAGUCGUUCUAUCUCCCAUGGAGUUCCGCAAGGCUCUAUUAUAGGCCCACUUCUGUUUUUGAUCUAUAUCAAUGACUUGCCUAACUGCUUGAACGAGGGUUUACCUAGAAUGUAUGCUGAUGAUACGAACAUCAGCAUGCAAAGUAAUAAUCUUUCUGAGCUAGAAAAUCUUAUGAAUGCUGAAAUAGCCAAUUUAAACACAUGGCUAGAGGCAAAUAAGUUAAGUUUAAAUAUUGCCAAGACUGAAUUUAUGAUUAUUGGAUCUCGUCAAAGACUUUCAACCUUUGAUAAUCAGAAUGUGGAAGUAUGUGUUAACAAUAAACAGAUUAAUAGAGUGCUGAAGUCUAAGUCAUUAGGUUUAACAAUUGAUGAGAACUUGACUUGGAAAUAUCAUGUUGAUAAUAUCACCAAAAAAGUCUCUUCGGGUAUCGGUGCUCUCAAACGAAUGAGAGAUUUUAUUACCACAGAAACUGCAAUUCGAGUUUACCAAAGUUUGGUGGAGCCCUAUUUUUCCUAUUGUGCCCCUGUUUGGGAUGGCCUAGGUAAAAAGCAAAGCGAAAAAUUACAAAAAUUACAGAAUAGGGCCGCCCGUGUUAUUACCCGUUCAUCUUAUGAUAUUUCAUCAAGUUCUCUUCUUGAAGAACUUAAUUGGGAAUCAUUGUCCACUAAGCGAUUAAAGCAAAAGGCAAUCCUCAUGUUUAAUACUAUUAAUAAACAUACACCAUUCUAUUUACAAGAGAUGUUUUCUCCCAGUGAGAGUGUUUAUAACCUGAGAGAUUCUUAUGGUAAACUUUAUGUCCCAAAACCACGCACAGAUUAUUUGAAACGCUCCUUCAGUUACAGUGGAGCCUCUUUAUGGAAUGGCCUGCCAGAAUCUCUUAGAUCAGUAACCUCUCUCGCUGCAUUUAAGACAGGUUUAGAAGCCUUCUUAAUAAAUAAUCGAUCUGACUCCCACACGGCAAUCAGGUAGAACAGUAUCUAUAUUUCUUUUUGCUCCUUUUAAAAUAUUUUAAUAGUUUUGUAAAUAACUAUACUGAUGAUUUUCCGUGUUUAAAUAAAGUUGAUGUAUGUAUGUAUGUAUGUAUGUUUACAAAUCUUUUGUGAAUUUCCAACUUGCAAUUUGUUCGUGUCGGUUGCAAUUUGCUCAGAGCAAUCUGCCUAUCAAAAUUGCAAUAUUGUGGGACAAUAUUGCAAUGUUGCUCGCAAGAGAACAUCCGGUUUGACUGUAAAAUGUGCGGGGUUUUCUCUGCUUAUUCAGAACAUAAACAAUGUGUAAAUGGCAGCGUUUUAACUCCAAAAAGCAAGCAACGCAGUCAGUAAUUGCCAAAUUUGCAAGUGCUCAUUUUCAACUAAAAUCGGAACAGGCAAAUUAGGACGAAUUUCAACAGAAAACCAGUCUCAAACUUCAAAUCGUGAGGGAAGUCGUGCGACUACAUUAGCAUUUAUAAUGUGUGCUUCGCUGUUGCCAUUGUUAUAAAUAAAUUGUCUCACUUAUCAGAUCAUGUGUGCAAUUCUUGUUGGCGGCGGAAAGUACGAAAUUUAUUUCAGUUAUUUCAUUUGGUAAAGAACUACAAAAGAAGAGAGCGUUCAGAGUCCAGAUCGUUUCGUUUCAAACGGCAAUUUAAUACCGUCUUCUGUUUCGCUCUCUCAGCGAAGCCUUGUAAAUCGCAAAGUGUUUCGAAUAGGCUUAAAUGCAACUGCAUCUCAACAUCAACCAAAAGAUAAUUUUCUUGAGGAACAUAUAACGUAUCAAGUCUGUUUGAAAUUAAUGAAACUCAAGUAAAGGUUACUAUAGUUUACCCCAGUCGUAAUGAAUGCUAUUCCAACACGUCACGACAAGGAAUCCCCAUUGGCAUAACGGCAAAAACAUCUCUUCCUUCAAGUAAACAAUAAACAGUCUGUUCUUGUUCCAUUUAUAACCGAAAAAAGUGAUCAAUUUUCGAAUUUUAAGCUUAUCGAGAGCCUUUGUGAUGAAUCACUUAGCUAAUUAUAGAAUCUAACAGCAAACAGCCAAUCAGAAUGCCGCGUUCGUGGGCGAACGCGGAAAGUACAAAAUACUGGGCCUUGCUUGCAGGCCCACUAUCAAGUUCCCUUGAGCCUGCUCCCUUGGGCCUGCACGCGGGCUAAUUAAAAGAUGAAUUCAAAGGUAAAUUCUUGCAUGUUGACGUUUUUCUCGAACAAGACAUUGGCGUCCCUAACUUGACAGGAAAUGCGAAACAAAUUGACGGCGAGGAUACGAAGAUUUCAAAGAUAGCUAGAAAAGGUAAAUUCUGAAAAUAUGAGAAUAUUCGUAAUUCAUUUCAGAAGGAGCAACUGUCAACCACAUUAUUUAUUUUUUAGGAACUGUGAUGAAAACACUCGGAAGUGAGAGAAUACAGAAGAGCCCAAAACUGCCCUCGCCGUCUGAGGUAAAAGUUCCAAGCAAAGAAUCGACAACCAUCUCCCAUUCACGUGAGACAAAAUGGCAAAACAAUGACGGCAAAAAUAUAUCUUCGUUGGAAAAUCAAAUUUUUCAACAGAAUGACUUGAGAGAAACAGCCAAAAGAGAAAAGUUCGCUUCACUCACAACUCAACAUCUUCGGAACAGACGUGAAAUUGAUGCGAUCUCAGAAAGUCCUACCGAAUGCUCCAAUUUUACCUUUACUAUAAAGUAUGAAGAUAACUACAGAGUAUGGAACAACUUUUCAAUGACGUAUCAAAGCCGAAUGUACCGUUAUAACGAGUACAGAGUAACGGACGAUGGUCUACAAGUUUGUAAUUCUUCAUACUCCCUCAUCCAACAAAGAUGGCAGAAUUUCAUUACUCGGGAAAAGAAUAUGACAGUUUUCACACAUUGUAAUGUAUCGGUGGACGGUUUUUACUUUGGAAAUUACAUUAUUCAAAAACUUUACUGUUUUCUUUUAUCCUACUGA